AAAGCAGAAUUUCCUGAGCGAACAAAAUUUCUCCAAACGUUUAAGAAGUUCAACAGAAAUGAUCUUUGAAAAUUGUUGAAGCUGAAGAAGUGCUACACAACUUCAGUUCAGCUAAUUAAAUUAUAUCAAAAAUGACGUAAAGCUGUAAAACUAUUUAACAGUUAGUUAGUUGAACGCCUGAUGCUGCGGUGUGUGUGCGUGGCAGCGGAGCCAGCGAGGAGUCAGCGCGCCUCUAAUGCGCACGCUCCAACAGUCAGAUCCGCACAGAUGAGUGCGUGCCUUCACCUCUGAAUGCUUUUCCAAAAAUUGAGAGGGGAGACUGUUUGCAUCUUCGAUUUCAGCUUCGGCAUUACAAGUCUAGUUGGAUCAGUUUGUUCGUAGAUCUCCUGAAUGCUGCUUUUCGGACAAGAUCUGCUGCUGCCGCUGAGUUCCUAACAGGUGUUCAAGGCGCGCAGCCGGAGAGGGAACAUGUCCAAUGGGAAAGACCCAAAUGCUGCAGAAAACUCCUCCAAGAUGACCCUGAAAGCAUGUCUGGAUGAGUGCAUGGAGGCCUUGGAUCUCUUCCUUAACAACCACUUCAAUGAGAGCCUAGAGAGGCUGCGGCCAAGAGUCCAUGAGAGUAUGUACCAUGCUCUUAUCUAUGCCACGGUACUGGAGAUGCAGGCCAUGAUGACUUUUCAGCAUGACGACAUCACCAAUGCAGGGAACACCAUGAAGAGUGCCCAGAAGGUCUGUCAGAGGUUUCGACAGAAAUCCCAGGGUUUGGCGAACAAGUCAGUCAGGGAGUCGCUUUCUGAAGUGCAGCUCCAUGCAGAGGUGUGUUAUGCAGAGUGCCAACUCCAAAGAGCUGCUCUCACUUUCCUCCAGGAUGAGAGCAUAGUGAGUUUUAUCAAAGGUGGGAUCAAAGUACGAAACAGUUACAUGAUUUACAAAGACCUGCAUAACUUCAUAAAAUCUCACAACUGUGUCAAAGGACCCAGCCAUAUUCACUUAGAGGGAGGGAUAUCUUUCGGAGUGGGGGCAUUUAACCUGACGCUGUCUCUAUUUCCUCCUCGGAUACUUAAAAUGUUGGAGUUUGCGGGCUUUUCGGGUGAUAAGGAAUAUGGUCUGUCUUUCCUCUGUGAAGGUGCGACAGGAAUGAACCUGCGCUCCAUGCUGUGCGCUCUGCUACUGCUGUGCUACCACACCUUUCUCACAUUUGUCCUUGGAACGGGGGAGGGAGAGGUCUCUGAGUCUGAGAGACUGCUGAAACCUUUCCGGCUCCGAUACCCGCGGGGUGCAAUAUUCCUUUUUUUCGCUGGCAGAACCGAGGAGAUUAAAGGAAACAUUGAUGAGGCGGUUGCGCUAUUUGAAGAUGGCUGCAAAGCCCAGCAGACCUGGAAGCAGUUCCACCACAUGUGCUACUGGGAGCUGAUGUGGUGCUUCACCUAUAAGCGUGCGUGGAAGAUGGCGUACUUCUAUGCAGACCUGCUUAGCCAGGAGAGCCGCUGGUCCAAGGCUAUGUAUGUGUACAUGAAAGCUGCUUACCUCAGCAUGCUUCCAGAGGAAGAGGCCCGACCUUUUGGAGAGGAUGAGGUGGAACUCUUUAGACAAGUACCAACCCUCAAACAGAAGAUAGCAGGAAAGUCUCCUCCAACAGAGAAGUUUGUGAUUCGUAAAGCCAGACGCUACAAGGCUUCCAACCCAGUGAGGCUGCCAGUGCCAGUGCUGGAGAUGAUGUACAUGUGGAACGGCUUCAGUAUGAUCAGCAAACGACCAGAGCUGACUGAAGGCAUGAUGCAGACAUUGGUGAAGGCGGAGCGCACUCUGCUGGAAUGUCCUGAAAAUGAAUAUAUGAUGGAUGACCGCUGCUUGAUCCACUUGCUGAAGGGUUUGUGUUUCAAGAACCAAGGUAUUCUGCAGGCGGCUGAGGAAUGCUUCAACAAAGUGUGUUCAAGUGAAAAGAAGAUCAAGUUUGACCAUUACCUGGUGCCCAACGCUCUUGUGGAGCUCAGUCUGCUUUACAUCGACCAGGGCAGGAGGGACGUGGCUUUUAAAACACUCCACAAAGCCAAGCACAACUACAAGGACUAUUCGAUGGAGUCCCGUACUCUGUUCAGGAUGCAUGCUGCUCUGGCCAAACUGAAGGCGGACCCUGGGGAAGAAGUCAGGAAUCUGUAACAGAACAUUUCUGCAGAACUGACCAGAAACUUCACUAUGUUUACCCAUGUGUAUUUACAGCAAACUUGACAUUUAAAUACUUUUAAAAGUCAAAUUUCAUUCAUGAAGGUAUUUUUGUACCACCACUGCGCUUUUCUGGAUUUAAGUACAGUCUGACAGAGGUGACAGAAAGUAGCAGAGCUGAGGAAUGUUUCCCUACCUUUCAUAGGUGAACACACACCCGAGUGUAUAUACACAUGUUCCUUUAUUUAAUAGAGGAUGUUUUAUGGUUUACAUUAACGGUGAAUCUUUACUAAUUGAACUUUUAUUGAGAAAAUCUAAUAUAUUUUAAGAUUUAUUAAAUGUAUGGUUGUACUACAGGGAUUGGACAAUGAAACUGAAACACCUGGUUUUAGACCACAAUAAUUUGCCAUGAUAUGGCAGCCCAAACCAUCACUGAUCCACCCCCAUGCUUCACUCUGUGCAACAGUCUGG